GUUCUCGCUCUUUUUUCCGCAGCGGCUAACGACCGAGCCCACGACGAAGAAGAAGACGCGAUCGCGAUCCAAUCAUCGUCACUCGCCCAGUCGCCCUAGCUAGUUCUCCCAGCUGCUGUCCUCCAGCUAGCGCCGAGAGCUAGCGAUCGAUCUCGCUCGUCGUCGAUUUUGGGACGGGCAAAGAAACACACUGCAACAUUACAUCCCGGCCGGCCGCCAUGGCGUGGAAGAGGAAGAACGGCAGCGGGUCGACCGGGCGUGGGGCCGACGAGGAGGAGAAGGUCCCGAGAGGGCACGUGCCCAUGGUCGCCGGCGGUGGUGGUGUCGACGACGGAGAGGAAGGCGAGCGCGUGCUGGUGCCGGUGAGGCUGCUCAGCGACCCUUCCGUCGCGGAGCUGCUGGACAUGGCGGCGCAGCGGUACGGGUACGGCCAGCCGGGGGUGCUGCGGGUGCCCUGCGACGCCGGCCACUUCCGCCAGGUCCUCGACGGCGCCAUGCACAGAUGCGGCGGCAUCAGCUCGUCAGCCUGAAACGAGAUGGCUGGCUGGCUGGCUGUGGCUGCCCAUGACCAUGAUGACGACGACAACGCGCCCCAUGAGGGGACUUAGCUAGUAAUGCAGAGCAGCUUCAGUUUAUUAUCUGUAUGUAGUACUAGUACAUAGAUAUUUGAAAUUAGUUUGUUCUUUCUUAGGUCGAUUAAAUUCUUUGAUGAACAUAUAAAUAUAUACGACGAUCGAUGGUUAUAAUUU